AUGACAUCUGUCAUAAAUAAAGCUCAUAAGCCAUAUGCAUUUUAUAGGAAAUUGGAUUCAAAGCAUAGUAUGAUAAAGCUUGAUUUACUUGUCAUAUUGGGUAUCAGUGAACUAACAUUUGCUAAGGAUAUCACUAUACCUACUACGGAAUUGACCUCACCGAGAUGUCAUCUACUAUGUGGAGUAUGCUUAAAAACUGUAAAUGCAUCAAAAUGGAUCUUGGACAAUGAACCAUUUGUUCCAUUGGCUCUUGAUUUAAUUUCUCCAGUAUGCUAUAUCCUGCCGAAAACUAGCUGGAGACAAAAGUGUCAUAGACUUGUGAAUAGUGAAUUGAUGACAACGAUUCACGAUUACGUUAGUAAAAUGGAUGUCGUUUCUUUCUGCACGAAUAAAGGAUUUUGUAACAAACCAGUAACUUCUUCAUUACCCGAUGGAUUCGGUUCGUGUUUCACUGAGUACAUAGACUAUGCCCUGUCUCUGGUAACCGCUCCAGAAUACACUGAAACAAUGAUACAUAAUGUUUGCUUCAACUUUGCAGCUGACGCCGCUAAAUGUACGGAUACACUGAAAACAGCGGUGGAAUACCUGCUACAAUCAACUGACUAA